CGUUAGAAUCAUGAGAAUGAUUACAACCUAGAAUAGCAAUAAACAAGGCAACUGCACUCACAGAAACAUUUCGGUGCAUCGAAGGCCUCUCUUUCAGCCCCGCGCGCCUCUACAAUCACCUCACACAGUAGCUACAUCCAAUAGCGUAACUCAGCACAUACCGACUUCGGGUGGAGCAAGCAUGUGCAGCGGGGAGCCCGGCUCGGACUCCACAGCAGGCAGGAGCUUGUAAGCUGCUUGCAGGGCACUCGGCAGGCAGCAUGGAGCAGCAAGGCCUGGACCCCCACGAGGUCACGGACGUGCUCCAGCAGGCCCUUGUCGAGCUCAAACGCGUGAAGCAGCAGCUUGCCAAGCCAUAUGCCACACGCACCACUGUUGCGGCGAGCAUCGCCCGGUUAGAGGAUGACAUACGGCGACAAGCGGUGGCCAUCGCCCAGGCGACAGGGAUAGAGGCGCAGAUCUCGCUGCCGCCUCCCAGCGCGCAGCCAAUGGGCCUGUCGUUCGCCCCAAAAGCGCCGCCCUAUGCGGCCACCAACAAUGCACGGCUGGAGCAGUUCAUCGCGGCGCGCACGGGGCCCAACGCAGCGCCCAUCACGGACACGGCCAAGCAGUACCUGCAGGAACGCUUCACUACGGCACCGCCGGCCAAACCGCCGCUGAACAACGGCACCCUAAUAAAGGGCCGCACGCCCACAGCCGCGCCAGGAGUCAUCCUGCCGCGGCACAUUCGCGAUGACCCGCAUGGCCUUGCGCCGCCGGAGGUGACUGACCUGGAGCUGGACAAGGGCCUGCUGCACCUGGUCAACAGGGGGCUGCUACCGCAGCAGGCGGACCUCACGCCCGCGCUGUGCGGGAACACAGGACCCUACCGCACCGCGCCGGCGGCGAAGCACCCCUACCAGAAGCAGUUUGAGCGGGGGCCGGUGACGAGCGCGCUGGAGGACGCGCUGCAGGCCAAGCAGGACUUCAAGCUGGACCUCAUCACGCCCGUCAUACGGCCGCAGCAGGAGCCCAGGCAGGCCACGCUGCACGUCGCCACGCUGGGAGGCGGCGGCGUGCUGGGCUCCCCCCGGCCGCCGCACUCGCCCGCCUACUUCCAGCAGGGCGAAGGCGGGGCGGCGGAGCCGACACCCGCCUCACGUGGCGGCGUCGCCGAUGCGGAUGCGGACGCUGCGGCCGCGGCGUUGCGGCCGUUUGAGGCGCUGAUGGACACCUUCAGCCUGCACGAGGUGCUGAUCCGCAAGGGCGUGGUGAUACGCGAGACGCCGGAGUUCGAGUCCUACUCGCGCAGCUACGAGGGCGUGUGGGGCGUGGUGGAGGGGCUGCUUCAGCACCUGGCGGCGCUGUGUGGGCAGUACGCGGUGCCGCUGGCCGUGGUCAACGGCAAGAGCCUGGCGGACCUGGCCAUCCAGGUGGCGGGCGCCGGCUACGCGCCCGCCAUGGAGGACCUGCUGGUGUGCCUCACCAACAUCCAGGAGGUGGCGGGGCUGCUCAAGCAGCCGGGCAGGCGCUUUAUGGGGCCGGGCGGGCAGGACUCGGCGGCACAGCUGAUCCAGUCCUUCUACCGCGGCCACCUGGCGCGGCGGAAGUACUCGGUGCGGGGGCAGGCUACGCUCAAGAUCCAACACGCCUGGCGCAACAGCCGGCUGCGGCAGCAGCUGCGGCAGCGCAUGCGCAUGGCGCGGCUGGAGCGCGACAUGCGGUUUGCGGAGCUGCGGGACCAGCUGGAGCAGCAGUGGCCGCUGUUCCGCCGCAAUGCGCACGUGGUGGUGCACGUGCCAAACCUGCUGCCGCCGCCCGUGACCACCGGCGACGUCACCACGCGACCCGAGCCGCACCUGCUCAACACCAUGCUGCUGCGCGAGGCGGCGCAGCUGGCGCGGCUGUGCGACCUCAGCGAGCCGCUGCUGGACCUCAUCCUGGUGCUGCCCUCGCCGCCGGACGCGGACGUGAUCCACUACUGGAACAAGCUGCUGGAGGUGGGCGGCGUCAGCGACCCCACCAGCAGAUACAGGAUUGUGGUGCCGGAGAACCACGCCCGCCUGCCCGGCCACAUGUCCGUCACCGCCAAGCUGCUGGCCUCGCCGCGCGCGCUCAAGCGCAUCGCCGCCGCCGUGCACGGGCGGCUGUCGUACAUCGUGCCGGGCAACGUGCACGACGAGGAGGUGGAGCUGGCGGUGCAUCUGGGCGUGCCGCUGCUGGGGCCCAGCCCCGCAGUGUGCAGGGCGCUGGGGCGCAAGAGCGCGGCCAGGGAGCUGUUUAAGACCAUCGCCGCCAACAUCGCGCCCGGCUGCUCCAUCCGGAGUGACGACGCGCUGCGGCGAGAGAGCCUGUCCCGCCAGCCGCCCGGCACCGCCGGCAGCCUCGCCACCGCUUCCACACGCGGCGGCACCGCCGCCUCCACCUCUGCCGUCGCCGGCGGAGCCACUGACCCGCUCACCACGCCACUGCGUGCCGGUACGGACUACCGGCUUGGGCCCGACGGCGAACUUGUGGUCAUCGACCCCAGCCCGCAGCCGCCAGGCACUGCGGGGACACUGGGCGGGACCGGCAGCCUAGCCAGCGCGCCGCCCUCCGCCGGCCCAGGGCCAGGCACCGCUGGCACGGGCUCGGGAACUGGCACGUCUGGCUGGCAGCGGCAGCAGCCGGGCUUUCCCACCGGCGCGGGCGCGGGGCCGGGGGCUGGGGCGGCGGGGUCGCAGAGCAAGUUCGAGGCGGACGAGCAGCGCGUGCUCAUGGCGCUGGCGGAGUGCAUGGUGCGGCACCCUGCGGUGCCCAAGUGGCUGUUUAAGAUUGACGACGAGGUCAUGGGGCUGGGGCACGCCUUCUUCGACACCGCCUCCAUAAGGGGCGGCGCGGAGGUGCUAGCGCGUGUGGUGGAGGAGGCGGCAGGUGCGGGGCCCCGCUCUGCUGCGGACUCGCUGCGCCUGGAGUUGGGUCUGGACGGCCUGGCCGGCAGCGGUGGCGACGGCGACAAGCCGCUGACUGAGGUGCAGCGUGUGGCCAUGUUCCGGCUGUAUGAGCUGCUGUUUAGGCAGAUGCCCAAGAGGCUGCACCUGGCCUGCCGCGACUCCUACCCCACCUACCGCGACUACGUCACCAGCCUGGCGCGGCGCGGCGGCGUGCUGGAGGGCUGCCCGCACAUGGCUGUGGGCUCACCCUGCGUCAACCUGUUCAUCGACCCCUGCGGCCACGUGUCCGUGCUGUCCACGCACGAAAAGAUCUUCUGCUACCCAUACCGCGCCGUGGGCACCACUUUCCCCCAGUCCUCUGUGCCGCACCGGGCGCUGUACGACGCGGCUCUUGCGGUGGGGCGCUCCGCCUUUGAGGCGGGGCUGGUGGGGCACGCCAUGGUGGACUUCGUCACGCUGCUGGAGCAGCAGCAGACGGCGGCAGGGGCGGCGGCGGGAGGCGGUGGCGGUGGCGGCGGCCUGCGGCUGUGGCUGGUGGACCUGCGGCCGGGCAUCAUGCCCUCCCUGGUGGCCUUCCAGCUGUUCGACUUCCUGGCAGCCGGCGCCUUCAACCCCAUGACGGGCGCCUACCUGGUGGAGCUGGACCCCAUUGAGGACAACGACACGGACCUAUUGGGCGCAGAGGCCACACCUUCGCAAGCCGCAGCCGCAGCCGCCGCCGGCGGCCCCGACCUUGGCGCGGCCCUGCCGGGCUCGGCAGCGCCGCAGUCGCUGCGCUACUACUUUGUGCUGGACUCGCUGCAGCACCCGGCGGUCAAGGCCAUGCCCUGCUCCAAGUUCUUCUACCACUGCUGGCAGCAGGGCUUCCACUUCGACGUGGACCACCGCCAGGGCGUCAUCUUCAACCUGUCGGACCGCUACCUCACCAGCGGCGCGCUGGGCUGCAUGGCGGUGGGCCUGACGCCCUCCUCCACCUACGGCGUCAUGCAGCGCGUGCUAAGCUUCAUCGCGGGCAUGGACGUGGACGCGCACAGCCGCACCGACUGGGCGCUCACCAGCGAGGCCACCACCUUCCAGGACGUGCAGGCGCUGGUCAAGUACAUGGCGGAGCAGAGCGCCACUCAGGAGCGCGAGUCAAGAGCGGGGCAUGCAGCUGCGGCGGCGGCGGCGCGAGGGCAAUAGCGCGUGCGCAGUGUGCGGUGUGGCGGGCGGUGAGGGCUGAACUGUUGUGUGUGUGCGUGUGUGUAUGCAGAUUGCAGCUAUGAAUCUGCGGGGUGUUUUGUCCGGCUACAACUUGCCUGGCUGCGGGCGUGGCUAUCGAGUAUGCUGGCACUGCUGUGAGUGGUUGGGGGUACGGUGACGCAGAGACGCUGAUUGUGGCUGGGAUGCACAUCUGUUCUUGUGUGACACAAGGUGGAGGCCAUGGAUACACGGUGGCCAAUGGGCCACAAAAAGCUCUUCAUUUGUAUCAUGGAUUCACGGUCUGGUGCACCGAAUUCG